UCCGUACUGGGUCGGUGGCAGAGGCCGACGGGCUCUUGGGGGGAUUAUCCGGGUACGCCACACAUGGUGUGUUUGUGUGUGUGGUUGUGCCACAUAUGCCAUCUGGCCUCCAGAAAAAGCCACCUUGCUUCUUGUGCUGCAGCCUCCGCUCACAUUAAUUUUGUCGUUUAACGGACUCAAGCCGUCGCUUUCCCACAGUGGAGAGAAGUGGAGUGCCCCGCCCCUCCGUGCGCCCCGCAGGCAGCCAGGCAGCGCACCCACCGCGCACCGAGAGAGCGAGGAGCUCAGCCGUCGGUAACGGAGAAGAUGGCAGAGCGGCAACAACAGAAACACGAAGGCAGGGUAAAGAUCGGCCAUUACAUCCUCGGUGACACGCUCGGAGUGGGGACAUUCGGGAAAGUGAAGAUCGGCGAGCAUCAGCUGACAGGUCACAAAGUGGCUGUAAAGAUCCUGAACAGACAGAAGAUCCGCAGCCUCGAUGUCGUCGGGAAAAUCAAGCGUGAGAUCCAGAAUCUCAAACUGUUCAGACACCCACACAUCAUCAAGCUGUACCAGGUAAUAAGUACACCUACGGAUUUCUUCAUGGUCAUGGAGUAUGUGUCGGGAGGUGAGCUGUUUGACUACAUCUGCAAAAAUGGACGGGUGGAGGACACAGAAGCUCGCCGUCUUUUCCAGCAGAUUAUCUCUGCCGUAGACUACUGUCACAGACACAUGGUGGUCCACAGAGACCUGAAGCCUGAGAAUGUCCUGCUGGACGGCAGCAAGAACGCCAAGAUCGCCGACUUUGGACUGUCAAACAUGAUGUCAGACGGGGAGUUCUUAAGAACGAGCUGUGGCUCACCCAACUAUGCAGCUCCAGAGGUCAUCUCAGGAAGGCUGUACGCUGGUCCUGAGGUUGACAUCUGGAGCUGCGGAGUGAUCCUGUACGCCCUGCUGUGUGGCACUCUGCCCUUUGAUGACGAGCACGUCCCCACGCUGUUUAAGAAGAUCAGAGGAGGUGUCUUCUAUAUCCCAGAGUACUUGACCCGCUCUGUUGCCUCGCUGCUAAUGCUCAUGCUGCAGGUGGAUCCUCUGAAGAGAGCCACCAUCAAAGACAUCAGGGAACAUGAAUGGUUUAAGCAGGACCUGCCAGGCUACUUGUUUCCGGAGGACCCGUCAUACGACUCCACCGUCCUGGAUGAAGAGGCCGUCAGGGAAGUGUGUGAGAAGUUUGAAUGCACGGAGUCUGAGGUCAUGUCCAGCCUCUACAGUGGAGAUCCACAGGAUCAGUUAGCAGUGGCCUAUCACCUCAUCAUAGAUAACCGUCGCAUCAUGACCCAGGCCAGCGAAUUCUACUUGGCGUCCAGUCCCCCGCAGGGCUCCUUCAUAGAGGAGGGAAUGCCGCUGCCCCCUGGGGUCAAACCCCACCCAGAGAGGAUGCCUCCCCUCUUGGCUGACAGCCCCAAGUCUCGUUGUCCUCUAGACGCUCUCAACACCACACGACCUAAACCGCUGGCAGUGAAGAAAGCCAAGUGGCACCUGGGUAUCAGAAGUCAGAGCAGGCCCUAUGAUAUCAUGGCCGAGGUUUACAGAGCUAUGAAACAACUCAAUUUUGACUGGAAGGUGGUGAACCCAUACCAUCUGCGCGUGCGGAGGAAGAAUCCAGUGACGGGCAGCUUGGUGAAAAUGAGCCUGCAGCUUUACCAGGUGGACAACAGAUCCUACCUCCUUGACUUCAAGAGCAUUGAUGAUGACAUCGUCGACGCGGCGGGCUUUAAAUCGGGCUCCUCCACUCCUCAGAGGUCAGGCUCCACAGCCGGCCUCCACAGACCCAGACUGAGCAUCGACUCGGCCAGCCCGGCCAUCGACCUGCCCCAGCUCAGCUCCUCUCUCCCAGGAUCCUUGUCCGGUAGCUCCCCUCUACUCACCCCACGCCAGGGAUCACACACCAUGGACUUCUUUGAAAUGUGUGCCAGUCUCAUCACCACGCUGGCACGCUGAGGCCUGCCAACCCUUAACCUCACUGUAACCUGGAUGUCAGUAGGGUAUUUAAACUAACUGCAGAUCUGGGAUGUAGGGAAUGCAGAUGUUUGGAGUGACUUCCUCUUUCUGUCUCCUUUCCAUUUCUUCCAGUUGUAUCGGACUGGAAGGGUGAGUGGGAAUGUGAAAUGUGAAAUGCCUGUGUGGCGUUCACCUCAGAUUAAGGAGACAGAAAGAGGGAAAGUGGGUAUUAAUCGCUUAUUUUUUCUCAUUGAGUCUUGGUCUUUAAGCAUCAGGACCAUAGCCUGUGAAACCGAUCCUGGGAAAGAAAUCUGUGAACUAGAGAAGGCAAACAAAGUGAGAGGUCAGAGUUCACAGAGCUGCCGGAGUCAGCAAAAGGUCAAGUUCACCGUCACUCCUCCCACAAAUACCUUCAUUUUUACAAUCUGCUGCACACCACACCACUUAACGGCAGGACGUCCUGCUGAGUUACCGUAGACACUGAUCAGAGGUCAGUUUUGCAUCUUGUCUUACAUUGUGAUCAGGGCACGGUUGUUAAAACUAACGUUAAAUCUGUGUCUGAGGGAUCACUUCUACAUGUAAGAUUCUAUUUCAGGUUUUAUAUUAUAUGGUUUGUAAAAAAAGCUUUUGUUAUCCAUGUAUUAUAUUUAUAUUACAACCACACUACGUAGUUGAAACGAAGACAUACCAAAUAACAGACUUUAUACAUUAUUAUUAUUUAGAUAUCAAAUCCAUAUUUAUUUUUGGGGAUAGCUUUUUUAGGCACUGUAGUUUUAUUAUUUAAGUGUCAACAAAGAAUUUUAACUUGAUUUUUGAAUAGAUUGUAGAUGAGAGACAGCAGGAUGGUAGGAUGAUAACACUCGGUUUGAUAUUGAGAUGCACACCAUCUCACAUGAGUUUUUAUAACCACUGUUCUAUAAGAGCAAUAGACUAUCCAGAUUCCACAAAUUCUGAAGCUGUUUGUGGGCCUCCAGCAGUUACCAUCUUUACACUUAACUCCAGACUAAUUAAAAAAUGGGCAGAGAUGUAGUGUGAAUGAAGCUGAUUGAGACAGUUAGCAGCCUGAACAUGCCCUUAAUUAUGCAUUACUUUAAGCCUUAAUACAAUUUAAACAGAUGAGUAAAUAUGUUUUUUUUUGUUUGUUUUUUUAACCAGGCUGUAAACACUUUCAUUUCUUCUGUAAAGUUAAAACAUUUGAACAUGCUGGUCCGUGAGGACUGACUCACUUUAGGAAUCAGCUUCUAGUGGCCGUUGGAGGUAGUGCAGUUAGUGGUCCUCUUUGUGGGCUUCAUUAGUUUAUUUUUUCAUACAUUCAGCAACUGUCACAAAUAUGCAACAAGCGCAAGGACUUUUCACUUGCGUCUCUAACAAAGAAAACUGUUGUUGAACUUGUCAUACUGCUCCCCUGUUUGUGCAUUGAAUGUAAUUAAAAAGAAACAGACCGGCCUGUAAAAACAGGACCUCCGUCACAUAUGCAUUAAGCUUAAUAACAACAGGCCUAUUUUAAAAAAACAUUUUAUUAUUCUGUACUAUAUCCUUUAAGUUUUAAGUUAAGGCUAAUGCCUUAUGUGGGGUCUUAAAAUGGAUUUUCGUUGACUCGUUUGAUCAGAAACACAUUAUAAAGUGAACGAGCCCCCUGCCCUUCAUGUGAACGUACUGAGGAGAUAAUGACGGUGGAGGAGGAACAAAGGGCGACAAAUUCAUGUGAGAUGGUGCUGCAGGAGAGUAGAAGACACGGGAAGCUUUUUCCAGUUGCCUUAAAGAAUACAACACAGUAAUUCUGUGCAUGUGUAUAUGGCGUGUGUGUUUGUGAGCCAGCGUGUGUUGUGGAGCUCAGAUAGUGCGUCACAGAUAGCGGUUGUUGCAACUUUUGGUAGAUCUUUGGGAGAUUCAGAUGUCUGAGUUAAACCAUGAGGCUUUACUGCUGUGUUGUAGCUGUCUGAUCUUCUGGCUGUUGCUGCGCGGUCACUGUAAAAUCCAGCAGUUUGCAGUCACGCUCUUUGUUGCACCACAAUCUUUGUGUUUGGAUACGCUCACUUCACCGUACCUGUUGUGUCUGCUGCAUUCAGCUCAACGCUGUGCUUUUCUCGUAGAAAUGGUCCACAUUGUCCUGUCAGGCUGUAAUGCACUAACAGUGUUGUGUAUCUCUGCUGUCAUACGAAAUGUUUAUUUUUCCACAUCUUUUCUGAACAAGUGUAAAGCGAAAGCUGUUGCUGCUCACAUGAACCCUCUGCUCCCCUUCUCUGAGAUCGCUCGCUUGGUUUUGAGGACGGUUGCUUUCGACUGUAAAACAUCACACGGCUAAAGAGUUACAAACUAGUUUAAAUAAGCGAGCUGGUCGUACACACUGAGAUGAAUUAGUGCAGAAAAAUAUAACAAGUGAAUCAUUUAAUGAGUCAUUAUUGAGCGGUUUUGAUCGUUGUCACAGGUGGGUAGCUGAAAGGCAGGGCUUGCUGACAGCACCGUUAAAAAUGUGUUAAUUCACAGUUCAUUGGUUCACGCUCGCGUCCUUUAUUUAUUUCAUAGCGUCUUAUUUAUUUACUUAUUUAAUAUCGGCCAUGUUGAAGGUUCACACGCUCAUCUAAAUCUGUUGUUGGGAACUGAUUUCUCUACAGUUGAUGUCACGUGGACUCGGCCCCAUUUUUGUCGACGCUGUUUCUGAAACGGAUACAGUGAUUUUUUUUAGACUUCUGGUUAAAACAGAGACGUUAUUUAUCGCGUUAUUUAGUAUUCUGCUGAAACCCUUUACUACAUACGAACCGUUCGUCCGUCCUGUCUGUGUGUGGUCGUCUGAUCUGUCUGUUACAGCGCACACUCGGCUGAUUAUUCUCUGAUGGGAGAGCCUCCCUGCUUCGAGAAACUUGUAACUCUUUGUCAAUCAUCUGUAUUACACUCUAUAACUGUGUCUUAAAUGACUUGUCUCCUGUACAGUGAACAGCUUCAGGCGAUCAUAGCCGGCCCAUUGUUCAUUUGUUCUCGGUACUGCUGUUGUGACGACACGAUACAAAACGUGUAUCAGUGAAGUGCUGUAACCUGCAGGAGCCAUGGGUCAGAUUUGAAAACUCUGACACAACCAGUAUUUACUGUCAGGUGUAGUCACUACUACUGUAUGCAACUACCAGUGGCAUGUUAGUCAUGUAAACUCAGUCCAGAGCUGGAGCGCAUGCUAGAAGGCCUCACUAAAUACACACUAUCCAUGUUGUACCAAAGUGAAUACUUUCCACAGGAAAGCUGUGCUCUCUGUGUAACUGUAGUGGGGUUCUUAUGAUUAGUGUGACCUUAAAUACCCCGGCGUAUGUGGUGUGUGUGUGUGAUAUCUGUGUGGGUGCGAUGCACACUGCUUAUUGUGAAUAUGUAAAGAAUGUCCUCGUGGGCGUGGGUGUGUGAGUGUGCGUCUGAGCUGUCUCUGAUUGGGGUUUGGAUUUCUCUUGUUUAUGCACUGCAUGAUAUUGCUGUUAUGAUUUGCACUUUAAUGAGUAUUUAUUGAAAAACAAUAAACAAAUAUAUAUAUAUAAAA